CCCCUUCUAUUUCUCCCUUUCGUUCCUCGCCGCCGUUCCUCACCGGUCUUCGUUCCUCGCCUUCGAUCUCACCAUUCAUCUUUUUCAUUUCCUAUGCGUUUCUCUUUUGAUUAUUAGGAUGGAAAGGACAUACGCCCAGCAAUAGAAAGGAAGACGUUUGAAAGGAGUGCGAUUUUCUUUGGAUUUGGCUCCACCCCAUUCCGUUGCUCUGUUUCUGCCGAUUUUCAGAGAGAGACCAAGCGACUCCUGUGUCUGUUUAUCUAUUCUCGCUUCUGCACAACCGCCUUUCUCCCGUUCAUCAUCGUUGGAGGCAGAACAGGCUGUGCCUUCGACCUGUGUCAAAAAAAUACAUAGCCGUCGGGUUUUUUGGUUAUCGGUGAGGGAGUAUCUCCGGUGUUUCUUGAACCGGCGGGUCACCGUUUUUAGGAGAGAAAGAAAAGUGAAACCUAGAGAGAGAGAAUGUCGUCGACGGUCCUGGAAUCGACUCGGGCAGCACACGAGGAGGUGGAGCGGUUGGAGCGGCUGAUAGUGAAGGACCUCCAGAAUGAGCCUACCUCAAACAAAGACCGUUUGUUUCAGAGCCACCGUGUGCGAAACAUGAUCGACACUAUUACCUCCACCACUGAAAAGCUCAUUGAGAUAUAUGAAGAUAGCGACAAUGCAAGGAAGGAUGAGAUUGCUGCAUUGGGAGGUCAAACUGCUACUGGAAUUAAUGUUUUUAGUGCCUUUUAUGAUAGACUCAAAGAGAUACGAGAGUAUCAUAGGAAGCACCCAGUUGCUCGUGUUGUUGAUGCUAAUGAUGAUUAUGAAACACUUCUUAAAGAGGAACCUCAAAUUGAGUUUAGUGGAGAGGAAGCUUUUGGUCGAUAUUUAGACAUGCAUGAAUUGUACCAUCAGUAUAUCAAUUCCAAAUUUGGAGAGCCAAUUGAGUAUUCUGCAUACCUUGAUAUUUUCUCAGAAACAGAUAAGAUUCCACGCAAAAUGAAAAUGACCAGGCAGUACAUGGAAUAUUUGGAGAAUCUUUUGGAGUAUCUGUUAUACUUUUUCCAGCGAACAGAACCCCUGCAAGAUCUUGAUCGAAUUUUCUUAAAGGUAACAACUGAGUUUGAAGAAAAUUGGGCUACUGGAAAGGUACAGGGAUGGGAGAAUGACAUUCAGGAGAAUGGACAUGUACCUGCUCAGCACGCAGCAAUUGAUCUUGAUUAUUAUAGUACAGUUGAAGAGCUGAUGGAAGUGGGUCCUGAAAGGUUAAAGGAGGCACUGGCUGCAUUGGGGCUUAAAACUGGCGGUACUGUUCAGCAACGUGCAGAGAGACUCUUCCUCACAAAGCACACGCCUCUUGAAAAGUUGGACAGGAAGCAUUUUGCGAAGGGGACACGUGGCUUAGAAAAAAAUGGGGUUACUGAUGUUCCACAAGAAGAUGGAAAUUCAAAAGAAAUUGCAUUAAUGGAGGCCAAAAUGAAAAAACUCUGUGAUUUGUUAGAAGAGACAAUUGCUCGAACAAAAGACAAUGUUGUAAAGAAGCAAGCCCUAACAUAUGAGGAAAUUGAAGCAGAACGUGAGGAGGAGGAGACACAAGAGGACACUGAGAGCGAAGAUGAGGAGCAGCAGAUAUAUAAUCCCCUAAAAUUGCCAAUGGGAUGGGAUGGGAAGCCUAUACCUUAUUGGCUGUAUAAGUUACAUGGUCUGGGUCAGGAAUUUAAGUGUGAGAUAUGCGGGAACUACAGUUAUUGGGGGCGUCGGGCCUUCGAAAGACAUUUUAAAGAAUGGCGUCAUCAACAUGGGAUGCGGUGUCUUGGUAUACCAAAUACUAAGAACUUCAAUGAAAUCACAUCGAUUGAGGAAGCCAAGGAUCUUUGGAAGAAGAUACAGCAAAGACAAGGAGUGAACAAGUGGCGCCCAGAUUUAGAGGAAGAGUAUGAAGACAAAGAAGGCAACAUUUAUAAUAAGAAGACAUACACUGAUUUACAGCGGCAGGGACUUAUAUGAGAAAAAGCAACUUUUUAAAGAUGCCUCUUUUCUCUCUUUUUUUAUGAAAAAAAUUCAUCUUCUCACAUGAUCUGUGUAGUGUGAAGUGGAAGCAGUUUGUUUUUGGCAGGGUUAAUAGGGGAAUGGUUGUAUGUAAACAGUGUUGUGCACUACCAUGGAGAAGAGUGGGGCCAGACAGCGAGCCUUAUUUUGUACACUUGCUUUAGUAAUUGUGAAUUGUGAAUUGUGAUUGAUUCCCUAACCAGACGGGAGAAGAAACAGAUAUUGUCAUUGAUGUUGUAGGUUUUUUGGUGUUAGUAGUCUACUGAUGUCUUUGAUUGGAGAUUAACUUAAAAAGAUCUUGGCUGGGUACGUUAGGAAUAUACUUUGUAUGAACAAUGCCCGUAGUAGGAGCGUGUAUAGCAUGUAGUUGGACUAGUGAACUUGGCACCAAUUUUGUUUAUGAAAUUUUAU